AUGGAUCGUUUAGUUCGUCAUCCAUCGAAAGAUGAUAUUCAACGAACACUUAAUAAUAACAUAAAAUAUCAACAAGUGGAUUGUAUUCUAAACUAUGGAUAUCAUGUUGCCCAAUGUCAUGUCUUUUCAUUACCAUUUAUGUUUGAAUAUCUCGGUAAUAUUGGUAAUAUAUUUCCAAGUAUUACUUUCAAUCAUGUUAGAAAAUUAUCGGUUAUUGAUGAUUUUCCAUUCAAACAUGAAUUUUUCAAUCGAAUUGCUUUCUCUUUUCCUUUGCUUAAAGACUUACGUGUUGUUAAUUAUAAUCCACAAUCAUCAAUAUCAGACGACGAACAUAACUCUAAUGGUAAUCAAUUGCAUAUAAUUGUUAAAUUGAAUUAUCUUAUUUCACUUGAUCUGGUGGAUGUUCAUAUUGAUUAUGUCGAUCAAUUUCUCAAUGAGAGAAAAACACAUCUACCUCGUCUAACUGUAUUAACAAUUGAUUAUGAUCAUUUAACAAACGUCACAGAUAACUUUACAAGAGAUACAACACGGAUUAAUUGUAUCAAUGUGAAAAAAUUACAUUUCUUUCAAAGAAGAGUACAACAUUCAAAAGAUUUUUAUGUUUAUUUUCCUCUGUUAAAACCUUGA